GGAUGAACCUUAGAGCGUAUGUUUCCUCCAUCACCUGCACUAGAAGCGCGUUGUGAAUCGAUCUGUUCACGUCCGGUACAAAGAGGAGGCGCGAUCACAGCGAGUACGACCCGUGUCGGCGUCUACGUAGAAACCUGACUAUCGAUUCAGGACACACCUGGAAAUGUACAUUUCUACCUACUCGGAUCCUCUCUCUUGUUGUCUGGAAUACGGAGCGGGACAGGUCGGUUCCUGCAGGAUGUUUUCACCACCAUGGUGGACCUGAAGUGGCAGCACUCCCUCCUCAUCUUCACCUCGGCCUUCCUCUGCUCCUGGAUGCUCUUCGCUAUGAUCUGGUGGCUCCUGGCCUUUGCCCACGGAGACCUGGAGCCGCGUGACCCCACCGGCGUCCCCUGCGUCACCGCCAUCCACUCCUUCACCUCCGCCUUCCUCUUCUCCAUCGAAGUCCAGGUGACUAUCGGUUUUGGCGGCAGGAUGGUGACGGAGGAGUGUCCUCUGGCCAUCACCGUGUUGAUCAUCCAGAACAUUUUGGGGCUCAUCAUCAACGCCGUGAUGCUCGGCUGCGUCUUCAUGAAGACGGCCCAGGCCAACCGCCGGGCAGAGACGCUCAUCUUCUCCAGAAACGCCGUCAUCGCCCCUCGAAACGGCCGGCCGACCUUCAUGUUCCGGGUCGGAGACCUGAGGAAAAGUAUGAUCAUCUCUGCCACCGUCCAGCUGCAGGUGAUCCGGAGGACGGUGACGGCGGAGGGCGAGGUGAUCCCGGUGUGUCAGCUGGACAUCCAGGUGGAGAACCCUCUCAGGAGUAACGGCAUCUUCCUGGUCUCGCCUCUGGUCAUCAGCCACACCAUGGAGAGAGGGAGUCCGCUGUACGAGCUCUCCGCCCAGUCGCUGGCCUCCGAGGACCUGGAGAUCAUCGUCAUCCUGGAAGGCGUGGUGGAGACGACAGGGAUCAGCAUGCAGGCCCGGACCUCCUACACUCCCGAGGAGAUCCUGUGGGGGAGGCGCUUCGUCUCCAUCAUAACGGAGGAGGACGGUCAGUACUGCGUCGACUACUCCAAGUUCGGCAACACGGUUCCCGUCCGCAUGUCGUCUCUCAGCGCCAAGGAGCUGGACCAGAACAGAGGAGUCCAGGAGGGGGAGUCUGAGUUCCAGCUGCAGGGAUGGGGGCUGGUCCGAGCCGGCAGAGGAGGUUUCCGCAGGGGAGGCCGGGCCUGCGACAGCUCCACCCAUCAGCCCUGGUAUGCCCAAUCAGAGAAGCCGGAGAGAGCGGUGGAGCGGAAAGGACAGAAGAAGACGGUGCAGCUGGAGGUGAUUGGACGACAGACUGAAGGGGACGGACUGGGAGACAUGAGCGACUGAAGACACGGAGACGGACGGCGUCCCAACUCCUAACUGCUGUUGGACCGUCUGCUGCUGUUGCGAGCAGUAGACACGACGUCGCAUCUACCAUUUUAUGCACCUUACUCCCAGUCCCAUGAGCCCCUGGGAAUUAUGGGCACAGCUUGUGGUUGAAGUUCUACCGUCUAACGUAAGAUUAUCUACGGACUUCUAUUUUAUUCUAUUACAGAUGUUUGACUACUGUAACCAUGGUUUCGAAUCCCCCCCCCAAAAAAACAUGCUUUCAUAACAACACAUCAUUGGGACAUUGGUUACCAGGCUUCCUGGGUUAAUAGUUUAACAAACGAAUAGAAAUGCCCUGUACAUCGGCUUAUACACAACACGCUUCAAACCAUAUUCGAUUGUGAAAUGAAUCUGAGCCAUUUGUACCACCCAUGGAAAGUUCAGCUUUACUCCAAUAACGGGUCCCAGGACGACAGAGACUGACGCUGACAGGACUCUGAGUCCGGCGUUUCCGAUGACAACCAAACCAACCGUCAUUUCAGUUUAUUACAACUGAGCUGAAGCUUUUUGCCCCGUUCCAGUCGUUAUUCUGUCAUUGCUCCAUGAUACGAGACCUGCACAAGCCUCCAUCUGUUCAUGUGAGUGAAAACCUUUGGCCUUUAAUGUGACAUUAUCUAAACCGCUUUCCAUUUCAUCUUAUUUCAGUGAACGACUCCUGUCAUUUAACAGUAGCUUUGGUUUUCUUAACUACACCGAUGAGACGGAAUCUGGCAACACGGUCCCUCGGUAGCAGAAGGAAAAUGUACGACCACAUCAUCCUGUUUCAUGGUUUGGCAUUUGGGGAAGUAUCCAUCCGUAUGACAACGACCUGCUGUUUUCACACUGUGUCUUUGUGCGAGGUAGAACUGGUAAAUAUGAACCAGUGAUCUCCAGAGGAGCUGGCAGGUGGAUUUUCUUCCCUUUGGACGGAGC